AUGGCGCCCAAGCAAGCGACCCUGGGCAAGUUCUUCGGCAAGCCCGACGGCUCCAAGCCGGCUCCGACACAACAGACCAAGUUAUCAUUCGCAACGAAGACGGCAGAAAAACCAAAGAAAGAAACUGUCGCCAAGCGAGAGGAUGACAGUUCCGAGGAGGAGGUUACGGGAAACAAGGCAAAGGUGGCGAGCCAGAGCAGCCCUAGCAGCAACAGUGCAAAAGAGAAUGCAGAGCCCGUACAAGAUUCGAAAAAGCGCAGUCGAACAUCAAAAUCCUCCAAAACGGCAGCCAAGUCGCCCAAUGAGAAGAUCAAAGAAGAGGACGAAGCAGAGGACCUCGAGGAGGAUGCUCCUGCUGUGAAGCGAUCGCGCAAGGGGCGGAAAGUGAUUCAGGAUGACGAUGAGGACGAGGCCAUGGAGGAUGCGCCCUCGCCAAAACCCAAAGCCAAAAAGGAUACAAAGCCGACCAAGCCAACGACUCCGGCCCCUCGAAAGAAGAAAGAGCCAAGUCCGAAGCCUGAGCCAGCCGAGGAGGAUGACAGCGCCGCUACUGCAACAGAACCCGCAUCAGAAGCAGAGCCCGAAGCUGAAGAAAGCGGAGAGGACGAGAAGCCCGAGGUCGUCGAGAAAGCCCGCAAGACCGUGCAAACCAAAUUGACGAGCAAGACCGAGGAUCCAUAUCCUGAUUGGAAGCCGGGCGAGCCAGUGCCAUAUGCUGCGCUCUGCCAGACCUUCUCCCUUGUCGAGCUUACCACCAAGAGGUUAGAGAUCAUGGCUCACUGCUCAUUGUUCUUGCGUCAAGUAUUACGGCUUACGCCGGACGACAUGUUGCCAACGGUGCUUCUGAUGAUCAACAAGCUAGCCCCGGAUUAUUCAGGCAUAGAGCUGGGCAUCGGCGAGUCUCUGAUUAUGAAAGCCAUUGGAGAGAGCACGGGGCGCAGUCUGCAGGUGAUCAAGAACGACCAGAAGGAAAUUGGUGAUCUGGGACUAGUCGCGGUCAAGUCGAGAUCCACCCAACCAACCAUGUUCAAGCCCAAGCCUCUGACGGUUCGCGGCGUCCACAAGGGCUUGAUGGGCAUCGCGACUGUCACCGGAAAUGGUGCACAGGGCAGGAAAGUCGAUGGAAUCAAGAAGCUUCUGUCUGCGGCCGAUUCUCAAGGCACGGGCAAGGUCGACAUCAGCAAGGAUAAGGGCGGCCCAAGUGAGGCCAAGUACAUCAUUCGAUUCCUGGAAGGCAAGCUGCGGCUCGGUCUCGCCGAGAAGACCGUGCUGGUCUCCCUUGCCCAGGCUAUGAUUUGCCACGAGGCCGAGCAGAAGGGCAAGGUCCCCAGCACUUCAGAGAUGGAGAAGGCGGAGGCCACGCUCAAGACUGUCUACAGCGAGCUGCCGAGCUACGAUGUCAUCAUCCCCGCGAUGCUGGAGCACGGCAUCCUGAACCUGCGCGAGAACUGCAAGCUGCGGCCCGGCGUGCCACUCAAGCCCAUGUUGGCGAAGCCGACCAAGGCCAUCACCGAGGUUCUGGAUCGGUUCGAGGGCCAGAAUUUCACCUGCGAGUACAAAUACGAUGGCGAGCGUGCACAGAUCCACUAUGUCGCGAAGGACGCAAACCAGGAGCUCAGUCAGGCGACGGCUGGCUCAGUCCAAGCAGUCGGCGAUGGCGUGGCGUCCAUCUUCUCGAGGAAUUCGGAGGACCUGUCCAAGAAGUACCCCGACAUUCUCGCCAAGCUGCACACAUGGGUCAAGGAGGACACCAAGAGCUUCGUGCUCGACUGUGAGACGGUGGCCUGGGAUACCGUCGAGAAGAAGGUCCUCCCGUUCCAGCAGCUGAUGACGCGGAAGAAGAAGGACGUCAAGGUCGAGGACGUCAAGGUCAAGGUCUGCGUGUUCGCAUUCGACCUGCUGUACCUCAACGGCGAGGCCAUCGUUGAGAAGUCGUUGCGGGAACGUCGAGAGCUGCUGAGCACGGCGUUCGCCCCCGUCGAGGGCGAGUUCGCGUUUGCAGUGCACAUGAACGGCAAGGAGCUCGACGAGAUCCAGCAGUUCCUGGACGAGAGUGUCAAGGCGUCCUGCGAAGGCCUGAUGGUGAAGAUGCUGGACGGUGAGGAGAGCGGAUACGAGCCCAGCAAGCGCAGUCGCAACUGGCUCAAGAUCAAGAAAGACUACCUCUCCGGCGUGGGCGACUCGCUCGACCUUGUCGUGCUGGGCGCUUACUACGGCAAGGGCAAGCGCACGUCCGUGUACGGGGCCUUCCUCCUGGCGUGCUACAGCCCGGCGUCGGACACGUACGAGACGGUGUGCAACAUCGGCACGGGGUUCAGCGAGGCGGUGCUCGAGGAGCUGCACAAGUCCCUCUCCGGGACGGUCAUCGACCGUCCAAAACCUUUCUACGCGCACUCUUCGGGGGGCCAGCACCAGCCCGACGUGUGGUUCGAGCCCCGCCACGUCUGGGAGGUGCGCACCGCCGACCUGACGCUCAGCCCGCGGUACAAGGCCGGCGUCAGGGAGGGCGUCGACCCGGCGGGAGAGAAGGGCAUCUCGCUGCGCUUCCCGCGCUUCAUCAAGGUCCGCGACGACAAGAAGCCCGACGAGGCCACCACGUCGCGCCAGGUCGCCGAGAUGUACCGGAAGCAGGAGAGCGUUACGAAGAGCAAGGGCCCGGCGGUGGAUGAUGACUUUGAGUAUUAG